AUGUCGUUCAAUAGCCUCCAUGUCUUCCGGUCUUUUGGCGCGCUCUUCGCCAAAGUGACGUCCCCUAUUGCGUCCCUCAUGGAAAACGAGAACUUCUCAAAGUUCUACCGAGAGGCCUAUGGGAUCCACAUCAACAUGCGGCUUUUGAAGUCCUGGUUCGACCUCAAGGCACACAAGCAACCAGGAUGGCGCAUCAUCGAAAUUGGCGCGGGAACCGCUUCCACCACUUUGCCAGUCCUGAAUCAGCUUGGCAAGGACAGCGAAAUGUCUCCUCCCAGCUUCUCACACUGGACCUUCACUGACAUCUCUGCCGGGUGGUUUGAGAAUGCCAAGAACACCCUCCACGACCGGAAGUCUCGCGUUGAGUAUAAGGUUUUGGACAUUGACAAGGAUAUAGUAGUAGUCGUCACGGCCCGCUAUAGGGGCUCGAUAAAGAUGCCUCGGAUAUUUGCCGUCAUUUCUAGCAUAUUGGACAUGACGUGGCUGUAA